AUGAGUAAAUUCUUUAAAUCAAAUCAGAGAAAUAGUAAACAAUCAUCUUUGAAUAAUAAUGCUGUGAUCACCGAUUAUUUUACUAUUACCCCAAAAGAUAAUAAUAACAAUAAUAAUAGUAAAAAUACAAACAGUUAUAAUAAUAAUAAUAAUAAUAAUAAUGAAAAAAUAACAAUAUCACCAUUAGGUUCAAAACUAAAGAGAUUACAUCAACUUGAGGAAGAUGAUCUAUUAGGUGAUUAUAAUGAUAACAAUAAAACAUCGACAACAACAUCAACAUCGACAACUUCAACUUCAACUCCAAUAACAUCUUUAACAAUAAACAAUCAAAGUAAUAACAAAAUUAUAAAAAUAGAAGAAGAAGAACAACAAAAACAACAACAACCUUUAAAUAAAAAGUUAAAAUCAGAAAAUAUCAAUAUUAAUAGUAAUAAUAUUAAUAUUAAUAGUAAUAAUAGUGUAAAUAAUAAUACUGGUUUAAAAUUAAUACAACCUAUAAAGAAACAACCUAUUUCAUCAACGAUUCUACCUUCAAAGUAUGGAAGUACUGGUUUUGUUAGUUCUUCAAGUCUUUUAGCAUCGAAUAAUAUUAAUAAUAAUAGUAGUAAUAGUUUAACAACAAAUAACAAUGUAAAUAUGACUGGUGGUAUAGUUAGUAAUAGUACAAGCAAUCUUGGUGUAUAUCAAGUACAACAACCUGUAAUUCAGCAACAACAACAACAACAACAAUCUAUAUUUAAACAAAUCAAUAACUACUCAAGUGAAUCAUUGGUUCAUCGUUCUACUUCUUCGCCUGUAUCUUCAUCAACAAUCAAUCUAUCUACAUCAUUGAAUAUGAAUACAAAUAAUUUGAAUAAUAAUAGUAAUAACAAUAAUAAUAAUAAUAAUGGAUACAAGACAUUACAAACUAUACAACAGCAAAAACAACAACAGCAACAGCAGCAACAAAAUAAUAAUAUUAGUUAUAUUCCAUUUGGAUCGGGACCGUUCAAAGUCGAUGGUAUGGAACCAAAGAAAUUUAAAUUCAAGACCAAGAAAGAUGAUAUCGUUAUUUCAGAGUUGCUGAGUAAGGAACAAAGGAAUGUGGUACAGUUGGCGUUGGAUGGAAACAGUAUAUUCUUCACUGGCAGUGCAGGUACUGGAAAGUCGUUUGUUUUGCGUGAGAUUGUCAAUGUGUUGCGUGUGCUACACGGCGACAACGUUCACGUAACCGCUUCAACAGGUAUUGCCGCUUGUAAUAUCGGUGGUACGACACUGCAUUCGUUUGCCGGUAUCGCGUUGGGAGAGAAGACCGCUCUCGACUAUAUCCGUUCCAUCGCCAACAACAACAAGAAUCUGACGCGUUGGCGACAAACCAAGGUGUUGAUCAUCGACGAAGUCUCGAUGAUCAGCUGUGAACUACUCGAUAAACUCGAUCUCAUCGGGCAGGGCUUGCGAAAGAUUCCGAAACCGUUCGGAGGUAUCCAGGUUAUUUUGGUUGGCGACUUUUGUCAGUUGCCGCCGGUCAACAAGAAUCGCGACAACAACGCAGCGUCAUCCUUUUGUUUCAAUGCGAAAUGCUGGAAGUACUUGAUCGACCAUUCCAUACUCCUGACAAAAGUCUAUCGUCAGAAGGACAAUCACUUUGUAAAUAUACUGAAUCAACUGCGUUUCGGAACGAUCGAUGAAGCCGGAAUGACAACUCUCAACAAAUGUGUAAAUAAUAUUAUUGAAUCGGAAGAUGGAAUUAUACCAACUAUUUUAUAUCCACAUAGGAAUAAGGUGGAGUUGGAGAAUGAAAGAAAGUUAAAAGAGUUGAAGUCAGAUGAGAUGAUAUUCGAUGCUAUCGAUGAAGGACCCGAUCAAUAUAGAGAUAUGUUGAAGAAUAUGCAAGCACAAACGAGGUUGACGUUGAAGAUUGGUUCUCAAGUGAUUUUGCUAAAGAAUUUGGAUUUCAGUUCGGAGCUUGUGAAUGGAUCGCGUGGAGUUGUUGUUGGGUUUGCAGAUAUCGAUGAUUCCGGUAUGGAGAUGCCAGUGGUAAAGUUUACGACGGGUAUCACCAAGACGAUUCAUCGUGAGGUUUGGAAGAUCGAGAUUGGAAAUGUUCGUGUUGCAUCGCGCACACAGGUUCCGCUUGCACUGGCAUGGGCAUUGUCGAUUCACAAGUCACAAGGAAUGUCGAUAGACCGACUGAUUAUCGAUUUAGACGGUGCAUUUGAAGCUUUCCAUCAUCAUCUUUACACCUGUGAAUCAUUGGUGUCAAAACCAAAACUCGCUUCCUGUUGGGAUCCGACUCAACUUUUGCAAAGUCCAUCAAUGGUACUGAAGAUACAAUCUGUCUUCACCUUCAACGAUAUAAGUAGUGGUGAAUGUUGGUACGAUGUUUUUGAGAAUAGGAUGGAUGGAAUUGACUUGUGUUCAACCAAAACAAUCUCCUUUGACGUAUCAUCAUAA